GUCGAUUUCGACUCACGAGGCCGUCGUCGCCCUCCACACUUCGAGCUGGAUGAUGGUCAAGAUCGCCAAAGAGCUCAUCAGCAGCAGCAUCGUGGUGAAUGUGUUCAGGACGCUCAAGAGGUAUCAGGUGUCCCACUCCUCUUCGGCUUUCAAGAACAUAUCACAUGCUUUCAAGUUUUUUUAUGUGGCUUUCAGUCAUGGAUCACCGAUUCUCCUUUCAAUAUGCAAACAAGAUAUGCUGGGCCAUUCAAUUAUGGUAACCUCGGCGACUCUCCACAAACCUAUUAUAAACAAGCCAGACGUCGCACACCCUCAAAGAUUGUAGGUGCAACUAAGGAACGCUCUGACUACGACAAGAGCAUAUCUAAAAAUCGUUUUCAUGCCAAUAGUUCAAAUGAAAAAACAGAACAAAACUCUCAAACUAACCCGGAAGAAAUGCCUUCUACUCGCAAGUACCAGAGUUUAGUUCUUUCCAAUGCCAGGGGAGAGCGCCUGGCAGUCCGUGAUCCAGCUAAGGAAAUAUUUGGAUACCUCCAACUUCGCCAGGAUGGACAUUUGACCUCUCCCAUCACCGAAGUUGACUCAAAAGUGCACAAUCCUCAACAAAUUGUAUUUGGAAAAGAGUCUAAUGGAGACAACGAUUAUGAAGAUAUGCAACACUUUGAUGAAGUUGCACAAAAUCUGGGUCCUAGCCUCAAGGCCAAAACUUUAGUUUUCCACCCGCCAACUUAUGGAAUAGUCAAAUACGAGGAGCAACGCCAGCCGAAGUCGCCUUUUGAUAAAGUUCGCGCAUUAGUUGCAAGAAAUCGCGCAAGGGAACAUCAAAGCCUUCUUGCAGAAGGCCUGAAAAACGACAGGGGAUCACCACCUUUAAUAGAGGAUCAUAGCAUUUUUAAGAAUCCGUUUGAUUUGAUACGCAAGAAAUUACAACAUAUGCCUGCAAUCCAACCGGAAGAAGCAAUGAAGUCCAUCAGAAGAAGGCGUUCAAAAAGUCGCCAACAAAUGGUGCAAAGGGUUCUUUUGGCCGAUCAAUCGCUACAAAAAAAACCAAGGGAAUAUUAUUGGUCCUGGCAAUAGAGGAAUCAAAAGAAGAAACGGGAAACGUUUUUUACUAGUUUGUCAAAUGUAAUAUAAACAUAGUUGUUUUUGUUUUCCAUAUUUCAACAUAUCACGAAGUGGAAAAAAGGCCCCGGAACGGUUCAA